UUAUCGCUUCUCGGCCUUUUGGCUAAGAUCAAGUGUAGUAUCUGCUCACUUGGUCUGGCUGGAAGGUUCCUGGGGUACCCGUGCCUUGGCCUUGGGGGAUCGCUCUACCUAUUUGGUGGAGCUUCACCCCCUUGCUGCUUUUGGGGUUACGGCUUACUCCCCAGGAAACGAGAAGUGAUCACCAGGCAGCCACUGGGUCGCCUGGUUGCAAACAGAGGACGGAAGAAGAUCUCGGCAGCUGAACAGACAUGGCGGAUAUACCUGAAUAUGCUCGGGUCCAAAAUGCUGUUCGAUUUAUCGUGGAGGAGCAAGCCAGAGGAGAAAAGAAUCUGGACUUCUUAAUCGUGGAGAUCUUGUUUGGUCUGUUCCAAGUGCCAAGAAUGGAGAUCUUGACAGUCAUGGAUUACCCUCGAAAGGGGGUCUAUGAUGUUACUUUCAACAGCAAGUCUUUCUACAGAAAAUUUUUGGAAACCUUGGAGAAAACCCGGAAUCAUCCAAAGAUGGAAGGCAUAAAAUUGGUUGAGCACUUUGUGGACAAUACCAAGCUGUUCACAGUUAAGAUGUACUCGCCAUACGCGAAAGAAAGUGACAUCAAGCUCUUUUUGCAGGAAUUUUGUGUGGAAGUAGAGGAAAGAGGUAAAGUCCUUAACCAACACCAGCUUUGGACAGGAAAAUGGAAGUUCUUGUGCAGACUGAAAGAGGAUGCGGGGGCGCCAGGAAGAUUGUUGCUCCCACCAGCUCGGUUUAAAAUAGGGAAGGACACAGGGGAUUUAUUUUUCCCAGAGAUGGGAACUUUCUGCAAAAACUGCAAACAAUACGGGCAUGAAAGUUGUGGAAAGAUAAUAUGUACCAAAUGUCUAAAGGAAGGUCAUGUCUUUUCUGAGUGUGGCCAAAGUAAGACCUGCAGGGCCUGUAAAAAGACUGGGCACUUCUUUAAAGACUGCCCGGAAAAAUCUGAGGCUAUGGAAGUUGGGGUGAAAUUGAAGAGGAAGACAAAAGAAGAGAAUAUAGUUCCAGAGGCCAAAAAAGUUUCUGGCAAGAGCAAAGAAAAGUUGGACACAGGAAAAGAAAUGGAAGAAGAAAGCGUAAGUGAGGCUUCUGAAGGGGAGCACACAGAGAAAUUAAAGAAAAUAAUUCUCAGUGAGUAUUUUUCUGGAUAUUUGGGUGAGGUGCUAGACCAAGCCCCAAAGGAAGAAAAAGAAAUAUUUGUUCAAGACCUAGUAAAAUUUAAAAUAAAAGUGAAUACCCGGCUUGAAACUGUGAGGGGAAAAAUAAUGCAGUCCAUGAAGCCUGAUGUAAGGCGCUUCAUGGUGACCUACCAAGUGUCACCAUGGUUGGCAGUCCCUGUCAAAGAAGCUUUGAAGAGUGGAGCUCUUCAAUUCGGAGAGGACUAUGGUGUGUUCUGCAAUAAAGCAUUGCUGUGGAAGUCGCACCCUAAGUUGGGAGGGGUAGAGAUUACUCCCCAUUUCCCGACUCGGGAAAGACUUAUAACUGUGAGGAUGUACAGUCCGUAUAUCACAGAAGAAGAGAUUGUUCUGUUCCUUUCUAGAUUCUGUGAGGAGGUGAAGCCAAAAGGCAAGAUCUAUAAUCAAUAUGGACUUUGGACGACAAAGUGGAAAUUUCAAGUGAAGUUUCAGAAAACACCUGAUGGAAAGCUAAUUUAUCCCCCAGGGCGUUUUAAGAUUGGCCCAGUAAAUGGGGACCUGUUCUUUUCAGGCAUGGACGACUUUUGUCGAAAGUGUAAAAGGUAUGGCCAUAGGAAAGAUUUUUGUGAUAUUGUUUGGUGCUAUAAAUGCCAAGAAGAAGGCCAUGAGCCAGAAGCAUGUAAGGUGAAGAAAAAGUGUCAUCUAUGUGGUGAUGAGGGACACCUGGCAGUAAUGUGUCCUAAGAAGAAGAAGAAGAAAAAGGAGGUUAUGAAACGAAGUAGGGAGGAGGAAACUGAUGUGAGGGAAGAACCUGAAGAGGAGGAAACUCCAACCAGGAAAGUGAUGGAGGAGAAGAAAAGGAAAGAAAAUGAAGAAGAAUAUGUAUCGGUAGAGUAUGGAGGCUCUCUUGAUGUUGUCUUCAAGAGUGUGUCAAAAAAAGAAAAAAAAGCCUUUGACGAGGAUUUGGGAAAUCUGAAAGAAAGAUUGGGAAUCAAAGUCAAUGAAGCAAGGGAUAAAGUCUAUUGUUCCUUUCACGCAGAUAUAGAUAGAUUUGUGGAAACAUACAAGGUUCCAGCGUGGCUGGCGAUUCCAGCCAAAAGUGAGAUGCUGAGUGGAUCUAUAACUUGUGGUUUCUUAGACUUCUUGAUGGUCUUUGCAUGGAGAAGAGGAAUGACAUUUGGGUAA